AUGGUAUCCCCUAUCAAGGCUUUUUCCUCUCUGGCGAAGUUGGUGGAUUGGGGCCACGGUGCUCCCAUCUCUAUUGAAUGUGCAUACCUGAAAAAGGAUCAAACCCGAUGUCAGCGCAAGAUGGCCGAGAAUAAUCUUAUUCUUGCUAAAGAACACUUUAGGAGCCACCUAGAAAUGCUCACCGGCGCUUCUCGCGGAUACACACGGGCAUCUCCGCAGCUCCAAAUCUUGCAGAAUAUCGCGAAGGUCUACAUUUGUGGUCUUCACGAUAAGCUUGAGUCUCAGGCGAUAGACCAAUGGCUAAAAGAACUCGGUACACGGCAGAAUUCUGAAAGUUUCAAGUUGGAAGAUGAGACAUUUGAAACCAGUCAUACACUCUCCGAAGAAAGCGCAGAACACACAGAGGAGAUUGAAGAGCUGGAGCAUGGAGAUGAGGGGGCAAGAUGGAAGCCCGAUGAAGAAGAAGAUCCCUUUGAAGGGGAAGGAGUUUCAAUCCUUUCGAAUCAAUCAACAUUGUCAAUAAGGACUGUACACCCUGGGCCCAUGAUGGAAGAAGAUGAAGUGGCUAGGAGAGUCACCUGGAUUUUGAAGCAGCCAAUCGAUGGCCCAUUGAUGAAAGAAUCUGGGUAUAUUUAUGUGAUAUCGCUCCCAGAGCUUCCUGGAAUAUUCAAAAUUGGAAUUACCUUGCAACAUCCCACACUAGGCCGGUUCGACACACACAAAAACUGUUAUGGCGAUUACAACAAAAUCGCAACAGAGUUUACCCAGUAUGCUCAUCGUGUGGAGAGACUACUACUAGCAGAAUUCUCCAACAAUCACUAUCAGCUUGAUGUUUGUUGUAAGAAAUGCAAGCACUCUCACAAAGAGCUGCUUGACAUUGACAAGAAAACCCUACAGAGAAGCUUGAAGAAAUGGAUUCGUUUCAUCGAAUCCCCAGCAUAUGACCGGUCGGGCUUACUUCUGACUGAAGCUCAGGCGAGGAUUCCUCGUCCUGCCUCAAAAAAAUUCCUCGGCUCCCCUAGAAACCCAAAUUCGACAAAGAGAGGAAAAAGCCAGGGAUUCCAAAUCACGCCUCCGCGUCCUUUGGACUUUGAGGCUCCUACAUCGAUAAAAAAUGAUGCGGAUGUUGACGAGGCCGAGGAUGAAUUAUGCUCGGCUAUCGAGGAUCUUCAAAUCACACCAUCCAAAUCGGCCAACACCCGAAAGAGUAGGCUGGAUUAUACUGCGCGUUUGAAUCUUGUCUACUGA